AUGGAAUCGGUUAUUGGUAAUUUUAACGCUCUUAAAGUUAAGCUUCGGGAUUGGAGCAAAAAUGAGCUCAGUAGUAUCCACCGACGGAAGAAAAUUUUGAUUUUUAGAAUUAAAGGGAUUGAAGAUGCUAUUGCACAGCGCUACUCUACUUCUCUACGGGAUCUCGAACUUGCUUUGAAAGAGGAACUUAAGAAUGUCCUUGAUCAUGAAGAAAGUCUUUGGUACCAAAAGUCUAGGUGUAAUUGGUUUCUAAAUGGAGAUAGGAAUACGAAGUUUUACCAUGCAUAUGCCAAACGUAGACAGCGGGUGAAUUAUAUUUCUUCAUUACGCAUGGAUAAUAGGAAUGGCGCUCUGAUCAGAACUGGGUUAUUGUUGGACCUUCAAUUUAUCAGUUCGUGUGGAGUUGUUGCGCAGAAGGUACACUUUGUUGGUCCUCAUCCGAAGAUCUCUUCUCCUGAGAAUUUCACUCAGUUCAGACCGAUUAGCCUUUGUAAUGUCAUGUUCAAGACCAUUAUAAAGGAAGUGAUUCAUUCGAUGAAAAGUAAGAAAGGCCAGAAAGGGUGGAUGAUCAUUAAGUUCGACCUUGAGAAGGCAUAUGAUUGCCUUGAGUGGAACUUCAUCGAUGAUACUUUGAUGGAUGUGGGUUUCCGAAUAUUGUUGAAUGGGGGAAAACAUGAGCUUUUACACCUUCAAGGGGUAUUCGGCAAGGAGACCCUUUAUCUUUGCAUCUCUUUGUUCUCUGCACGGAGCGUUUGUCGCAGCAUUGAUGGAGCAGCUGGAGGUUAUUCGGCGGGUUUUAAGGAAUUUUGCUGUAGCUCGGGCCAUCGAAUUAGUACAAGAAAAAUGAGUAUUUAUUUUUCAAAUAAUGUAGCUGAGCAAGUGAUAGAGGACAUUAGUAGUGGAUUUCAGUAUACUCGUGUUGAGAAUCUUGGAAAGUAUCUGGGAGUCCCACUUUUGCAUAACCGGGUCACCAAAUCUACCUAUCAGUAUAUUGUUCAGAAGGUCCAGGAUAGGCUUUCCGGUUGGCAAGCGAGUGUUUGUAAGGAAAUUGAAAAACUGAUUCGUCGUUUUAUUUGGAGUGGCUCUGAUGAGAAGCAGAAAGUCCAUUUAGUAAGUUGGGAUGAGUUGUGUAAGCCGACUGAUAAUGGAGGGAUGGGUUUCAAAAAGUUACAAAUUCAAAAUGAAGCUUUUCUAAUGAAGAUCAGCUUUCGUCUUUUAUCGGAGAAGCGUCAUUUAUGGGCUCGAGUCCUAACGGGAUAUGGCGGAAAAUGGGGACUGGAUACGGGAGAUUCUCGACUCACUCUUCCCGAGUAUGGUACUUCAUCCUUUAGGGGACUGCCACGGAUGAAGCUUCACUUAGGGUUCGGUUCUAAUCAAGCUGAUAAUUCCUUAUUGCAUGUUAAACUUCGGUCAAACUGGUCUUCCAGGAACCAGAGUAUUGUAGCUGCUUUGCUUCAGGCGGAUCGCUGGGAUAUGGCUCCAUGUGUUAGGCAUAGUUAG